AUGGCUAGCUGCCCACGCUGUAAUUUUGUCAAGGCAGAUAUUUGUCAUAUGUUUUAUCUUUGUCCUAAAAUGAUGCAGGUGUGGCAGAAGGUGCAGAACACUAACGACUGUAGCACUGUGAGUAAGGUGUCUGCAGCAUCACUGGGUUAUUUCCAUGAUGAAUUUCAGAAGUUCUUUAUAAAUCGGAAAUGCAGAAGGUCACCGCUCAUCCACAGGGGAUACUACAUUCGCUUUCAGGCCAUUACUUUCUGCAUCGGAAAGUUUCUUCACGAUAUUAAAAGCUGCAACCACAAACAGAUCAUAUCUCUGGGUUGUGGGUAUGACUCUCUGUACUUCCGCUUGCGAGGUGAGGCCUCCUGUGCGACGGAUCUGUGUGUUUGGGAGGUAGAUUUCCCACCUGUUGUGCAGAGGAAGCAUCAGAUUAUUCAGCAAAACCAGAUCCUCAGGGAUCAGCUGGGGACGUGUGAGACUGUUGUGUCUGAUGGUCCCAUGGUCCUCUCUGCCCAGAGUUAUAAGCUGCUUGGAGUUGAUCUUAAUGAUGUUUCCUGUCUGGAUUAUGCUUUGGAUGGAGCUGGCCUGAAGUGGGACUGUCCUAGCCUUAUCCUGGCAGAGGUGGCGUUGUGUUACAUGGACCCUGCAAGGUCCACAGAUAUCAUUGGCUGGGCUGCAGCUCGCUUUCCAAAUGCACGGUUCAUCCUGUACGAACAAAUUUGCCCAGAAGAUCCCUUUGGACAAGUCAUGAUGGGUCAUUUUGUCACACUGAAUUCACCUUUGCGUUCCGUAGAGGCGUACCCCCUUCUACAUGACCAGCGGCAGCGAUUCUUACAGCAGGACAAAUGCCCCUGCCUGUGCCAACCCACAAGGAGAGUUUUCAUUCAGCGUUGGCAUAGGAUGGGUAAUAAUCCAGACCUGGUGAUUAGAGCAGCGGACAAAGGUGGGUCUGUGGUGGUGAUGAACAAAACAGACUUCAUCAAAGAGGCACACAGACAACUGCACAAUGCCCAAGAUUACCGAGUAUUGAGUACUGAUCCUACUACCAUCUUCAAGAAAAAACUUGAGAAUCUGAUUGAUGACGGCAUUGAGGCAGGUUUCUUAGAUGAAGAAACUAGUAUUUAUCUAUUGUUCCUUAUUUCUUUCCAACCUUUAGCGCAUUCUCAUUGCUCUCUCCCCUCGCUUCUGUCGUUUCAGGAGUUCCACUUAAAAUGCUCUCAUUACUUUAUACUUGUGGCUUCCCGUGGAUCAGUGGCAGACGUUGAUGCAUUGCCUUGUCUCCCAGCUGAAAAUCCAGGUCUUCAGGUAUCUUCACCUAUGACUGGCACUUCGCUUUCUGUUUCUCCCCUUAGUCUAAAGCUGGGCAGUCUGCGCCGUUUUGGUCAUCGCUCCUGCUUGCUCUCAACUCAGCUCAUUAUUACCACUGGGGGCUUUGGGGUGAACAAUGUGAAACACCAAAGACUGACAAAUAUACACUUACUCCGACGUGAGAUGGACAUCUGGGACAAAGAGGAGACUGCAGAUGGUUGGGAUGGACGUCUUCUGCACUCGUUAACUCCACUCUCAAUGUUUGGAGGAAUUCUAGUCCUUGGAGGGCGUUUUUCUCCUACUUCCCCAGCACUUGAUUCUCUGACUUUGAAACACAAUGAAGAAACAGGGAAAAUUAUAGUUAAACACACAGCACUGGGAUUUCACUUGCAGCGAUGGAGACACAGUGCAACUGAAGUGUUCCUAUGUGGGCUGUCGUAUGUCUUUGUGUUUGGCGGUCGUUCUCUGUCAUCUUUAGCGCUACAGGACACAAUGUUUCUUUGUCCAGAGGAUCUACAGCAGGUUCAGGUACAAGUUCAGGGUUCUCCACCUUCAGGACGCCAUUCACACAGCUGUUGUACAUGGAAUGAGGGAGCUGUAUUAUCGGGAGGCCUGCUGAGUACUGGGGUCCCUAGCGGAUCCAUCUACUUUUUAAGACCUUGUAGUUCCUUCUUUCAGUGGGUAUCACUGGACACCGUUCCCCAACUCACCCCCAGGUAUUCACACACAUCGCACAUUCUGCAUGACAAGCUAAUUAUUGUCGGAGGAGUCUGGAUUCACCGUCACUCAGUGCCUGGAAUUGCCAUUAUAGAUCUUUCCUCAGGACACAGUGCAGAGUAUCAGAUUAACACUACGCGGCUAGAAUGGCCUCUCAUGCUACAUGGACACAGCUCCAUUCUGCUGCCUGAAGAAAAGCAGAUUAUGGUCCUGGGUGGAGGAGGGAACUGCUUUUCCUUUGGCACCCACUUAAAUCAACAACCUGUCGUUAUACAUCUGCCCCCUGCCAUUUGACUGUCUAGGCAUGUUGUUAAAGCUGCCCCUCCUAUGCUGUUGUACUAUAGAGGAUAUGAGUCCUAUGCUGUUAUACUAAGGAAAAGAUGAGUCCUAUGCUGUUGUAUUAAAGAGAUGAGUCCUAUGCUUUUGUAUUAAAGAGAAUAUUAGUCCUA